GAACAGUCCAAAAAGCUCCGCAUCUCUCACUGCCCUGGGCCCUGGAACCCGACCGGUUUUGUUCCUGUUAACAACUUCCCGACUCUCCUUUAAAUACUCUUUCCCUUCCGAGCCUCCCUUCCUUUUUGCCCGUGUCCAAUCUUCUUCUUGUGUCACGAGCUUGGGUAGGUUGUGCCUCUUACCGUAUGUACCUUUUUGCGUUACGUGUAACGAACAACUUAAUGCGCAUCUGUUUAUUCUUUUACGCACACUGUCUACUAGCCUUCCCGCCGACAUAAGAUAAUCAAUUCCCGGUGCGACGGGAACCCCUAGAUUCGCUUUACCGAGAAACACGCUCAACCCCCAGUCCAUAUCCAACAAAAGCCGACAAAACUUCCGUCCUGCGAUAUUUCACUCUCCCAUUACGACGAGAACCAAUUUCUCACCAAGGCGAUUCACCUUUCUGUCAACGGUACAGGAAUUACUUACUUUUGCAACGAGAUACCCUUAAGCCGACGGGAGCUGCAUGCACCUUUAGCUAUAUAACCGCCUGUCAACGAGCCCUGCGUCAUCGUUCUUGGCGUCAUAUUUUCGAUCAUCCAAAGGACACACCUCUACCUUGCGCAUGCGCCCUGCGCCCCUGAGAAGCGACAUAUCGAACUGCCCGAGAACUUCAAACCAGCCCGAGUCCAAGAGGCAGCCCCUCUCACCAAGUCCCCAAAAUGUCCGCGACGCCAAGCGCUAGCGGCGCGCCCUCGCCCCUACCCAUACCAACCGUCGAGAAACUCAGCGCCGCCGACCAGUUCCGAUCCGCAGUUUCUCAGCCUACCGUGGCUGCCUUUUGCGCCGGCGGUGUCGCCGGUGCCGUCUCCCGAACAGUAGUCUCACCUCUGGAGCGCCUAAAAAUCCUCUACCAGGUCCAAAGCAGCGGUCGCGAAGCGUACAAGCUUAGUGUGGGCAAGGCGUUGGCCAAGAUGUGGAGGGAGGAGGGCUGGAGGGGCUUCAUGGCCGGUAACGGCACCAAUUGUAUCCGUAUCGUGCCAUACUCGGCGGUACAGUUCGGAAGCUACAAUUUCUACAAGAGAAACAUCUUUGAGAGGCAUCCGGGCGACUCCCUCACGCCCUUGUCGAGGCUGACUUGUGGUGGCCUCGCCGGCAUCACCUCAGUGACCUUCACCUACCCUCUCGACAUCGUUCGCACGAGGUUGUCGAUCCAGACCGCGUCGUUCGCCGAGCUUGGCGAGAGGCCACGCAAAAUGCCCGGCAUGUGGGAAACUUUGGUCAAGAUGUACAGGACCGAGGGCGGAUUUCCGGCUCUCUACAGAGGCAUAGUUCCCACUGUCGCUGGUGUUGCUCCUUACGUCGGUCUCAAUUUCAUGGUUUACGAGCAUGUCCGCCAAUACCUAACCUUGGACGGCGAGCAAAACCCUAGUGCCGUCAGGAAGCUGCUCGCUGGUGCGAUUUCCGGUGCGGUGGCCCAGACCUGCACCUAUCCCUUCGAUGUUUUGCGCCGUCGUUUCCAAAUAAACACCAUGUCUGGUAUGGGCUACCAGUACAAGGGCAUAUUCGAUGCCGUGCGCGUCAUCGUCACCGAAGAAGGAAUCCGCGGCUUGUACAAGGGAAUAGUACCCAACUUGCUCAAGGUCGCGCCUAGCAUGGCGUCGAGCUGGCUCAGUUACGAGGUCUGCCGUGAUUUCCUUGUGGGACUGAAGCCUGAGGAGACCAAGCUCUUACAAUAGACGCCACGAGCUUGGAUCCAUACCACGAAUCCAACGAACAUCGACACCACCAAGGGCCCGCUGCCGAAAGCAAACAAAAACAGACAAUAGAAGUCAGUAAUAGAGGGGCAAUGAUAGAGCCCUUGCAUUUCAUACGCGUCGACUUCUUCCUCCAUACGUAACCGGUGACAGUCCGUUUUACCAACUCAUACUACGAUUUAAUCAACCGACGCUCUAUAUGGACAUCACAGUAUAAGUCAGCCUGUGAGUUCAUUGGUGGGAAUGGUGUUGAAGUAGCUUGAAGCACUCCUAUAUCAAGUGAUGACAGCGUUCUUAUCAAAUAACCGGAAAUAGCUUCAAUCGGGCAAGUGUCUGUCAAGAGCAGUCUAAUGAAACGGUGUGUUGGAUUGUGUUUCUGUUUUAUUUUUCUUCUUUUGCUUGAAUGCAAGCUCGUUCUUAUUGCAUCGAACGCCAUGUUGCCUGUUGAACAACAAUAAAUUGGCAAAAGCACAGCGAAAAUCCACAGGCAUGUUUCAUACUGAAAAAGGGAGAGUCAGUAAGUAGCUAGAGCGGAGCAUCUUUGCAACAACAUGGAAAAAAAUCGACGAUAGAGAAAAGCCACAAGUGCAGAUUCGCUACGUAUGGCAAAGGUAGAUAGAAAGAUAUACGAGUGUAGUGUACCG